AUGGAAAGCCGACAAGAAAGCGCCUCGGAACCUGCUGGGGCGUACCCCAUAAGCGAUGCGCAGGAGCCCCGCCUGACUCCUGUGAUAAGUGAGCAAGGGCUACCACGUCAAGAACGAGCGCGGUUAAAGAAGCCAGUUCAGAAGAUUAGAGUUGGAACGCUGAACGUGGGAAGUCUGACAGGAAGGAGUAGAGAGUUGGCAGACGUGAUGGAGAGGAGAAAAAUAGGUGUGCUGUGUGUGCAGGAAACCCGGUGGAAGGGAAAUAAAUCGAGGGAGAUAGGAGAGGGUUGUAAGCUCAUUUACAGCGGAGCCAACAACCAAGGGAGAAAUGGAGUUGGGAUUAUCUUGGACAAAAAGUGGAGCGAAAAUCUAGUCCACGAUGUAGUACUGAAGAAAAAGACGUUUUGGCAACAACUGGAUGUGGAACUACAGACGAUACCGCAGGAAGAGAGGGUGUUCUUAGGAGGAGACCUAAACGGUCAUUUAGGCCCUGAGAGAGGAGUCCUGCACAGGGUACAUGGAGGAUGGGGAAUGGGUGAGAACAUCUCAGGGUUUUUUAAGGAGUUUAAGGAGAAAGUAAUGAGAGAAGUAACAUUUAAGGAGGACACAAAUGAGUGGUGGGAAGAGAAUAGUAAGGUCAUUAGGAGUGUGGCAGAGGAGGUGCAAGGGAAAAUAUCUGGGAAAGGAAUGCCUCAAGGAAAAGAUACAUGGUGGUGGAGUGAGGAAGUUCAAGUUAAAGGAAUAGCCUAG